GCAUGGGCUAGCCAGAAUCGGCCUGAGCUUGACCAUGGCUAUCACUGGCUCUGGCUCGCACCCCUCGUAUGUAUCACUUGGCUUGUAGCCUCCCGUCUUAUUGGAAAUGCGAACUACAAGUAUCCCAAUCCCAUCCCCGGCAUACCCUUAUUUGGAAACACAUUUCAGCUGCCUUCCAAAGGACUGGGUCCUUGGAUGAUGACCAUUGCCAGGAAAUCUGGAGAUAUGUACACAAUGAGGUUUGGUGGAACGCCGUGGCUUUUCCUGAACUCUCGCCGCGCUGUUACCGCCUUACUUGACAAGAAGGCGGCAAUCUAUUCUUCCCGCCAAAACCUGCCUAUGGCCCGUGACAUCAUUUCCGGUAACAAGCGUCUUCUUCUUAUGCCUUACGGGUCAGAGUGGCGUAAACAAAGAAAAGCGAUGCAUCAGAUCCUCAACAAUACGAAAUCGACCGUUUUUCAGCCAUUCCAGGACCUAGAGUCCCGUGCUCUCCUCUAUCACUACAUGGAUAAGCCUGAUCGCUGGUGGGAGGCAAAUGCCCGAUUCGCAAAUUCUAUCAUCAUGAGUGUCACGUAUGGAAAGCGCUCAGACUUGGGCGAUCCGGAUUUGGCCAACUUGCUCAACAACGCGGAGCGGUUCACCCCCUACUUGAUGCCCGGCCAGGCUUUAGUUGACAUCGUUCCGGGACUCUUGAAGCUGCCUAUUCCCUCAUCGUGGCAGCCCUGGCGCUGGUGGGGGGAUGCUCUUCAUCAAUCAACCAAAAGGGGAUAUAAGAAGGUGUUUGACGACCUUUUGGAGAGACGGAGACUCGGGACUCAGAAGCCGUGCUUCAUGACCGAGCUUCUGGACAUGAACACUGAUGGCGAGUUCAGUACGGAGGAUUGCUAUUUCAUAGGAGGGACCCUUAUCGAGGCUGGAUCUGACACCACUCGAGUUACCUUGAUGGAGAUUCUUGCAGCCGCAGUAUUGUAUCCUGAUUGGGUUGAGAGAGCCCGGCAGCAACUCGACUCGGUGUGCGGAUCCAAAGCUGAACGCCUCCCGGACUUUGGCGACAUGCCGAAACUACCACUGAUCAAGGCGGUCAUUAAGGAAAGCAUGAGAUGGAAGCCGGCUAUUGCCGAAACAGGCAUUCCUCACUCGCUCAUCAAGGACGACACAUUCGAUGGUUACAAAAUUGCCGCAGGAACAGUUGUAACCAUCAACCACUGGGCGAUUUCUCAUCUUGACUACGAAGAACCUGAACGGUUUUAUCCAGAAAGAUUCCUCGACGAGGAUCUGGAUGUGCCCACGAAAGGGCAUUUGGGCUUCGGCGCCGUGGCUUGGAACAACAUGUUCAUUGCGAUGAGCAGGCUGCUCUACUGCUUCGAUGUGAAGGGUGUUCCUGGCGAGACUAUAGACGUGUCUGCCAGUUUUGACCUUAGGCAGAACUGGGUUUUUGAUUGUGAGGAGGCCUGUGGAUAUUUAUUCUUUACCGCCGGAAUGACGUCGAAAAGGUGCGGGGAACCCGAGGUCAAGGAUCUGACCCCGGUUCUAAGUUACGCAGACGUUAGCACUAUUCCUACCAUUCUUAGCAGGAAAGUCAUGAAGCGCCAGGUACCCUGCGAGUCUCAAGAAGACAGCCAAACACCCAGAAAAAGAGGCUUGUCGAGUCGACCUCCAAGGGCCUCUAAAGCAUGCCAGGCUUGUGCUGCUUCCAAGAUUCGAUGCGACGACUUCGACAUAUGCCGAAGAUGUAUAAAACGCGGCGUUCCCUGCAUUCGUUCAAGUCAGGUUCGACAAGGCCGCCAUUCCCGAAGCGAAUCUAGCGCUGGGACAUCUAUCGACACGGGUGACUCUUACAUCUUAUCGUCGACCACAAAAGACUCUACUGGAGCAGUGGCAACCGCGAAUACCGGCAGCGGAGACGAGACCGGGACUGGUCUGGUAUCGGCUGAUGGUAGUCUUGGCCUUACUUUCGAUUUUCCGAAUUCACCGAAUCCACCAACUUACGAGCGACCAUUGCAGCUCUGCAGUGACAUCCAGUCUGCUGACAUCAUUGCCGGCGCGAUGCCAAGUGACACCACGGAAUGGUUAAGAAACUCCUCGCUUGAUGCCGAAUUUGAUACAUCAUUUCUUCCUCUCCCAUUCCUUGACUUCUCCGGAUGUUUCGACGAUAGUUUAAUGAAAGACUCAACAGCCACGAGCUCCAAGAGCUUGCCGUCCGAAGGUAAUGUCGACUUCGAGGAGGCCGUAGUAGCCUACAGUACCACUCUGGGAAGCUGGAAGCCUACCGAUGAAGAUUACUUAGCUUCAGCAAAAGCCUAUCUCUAUGUUCCCAUUGACGAACACCUCCAGAUGGGGGAAGGCUUAGGUCCAUUUAAUCCCUCUGUAAUCAGUGGAUCUCUGCCGGUUGCAAGAAGAGACGAGAUCAUUGUUGCCAUGAUCGACGUGGCUCAGACGACUCACUCAUCACAGGCGAUUCGAGUGUUCCCCUCAGCCGAAACGUUAGACAAGUUCCUCAAGGUAUUCCUUACCACUCAGGAAACCAAUACCUCAGCCUUCAUCCACAUUGCGACUUUCGAUCCAUCAACUUGCAGUUUACCCCUUCUUAUAGCAUGUAUCGUCGCUGGCGCCGCAUCAUCGUCAAGGACAUAUACCCGCAAGUUCGGGCUGGGACUGUUUGACAUGCUACGUCUCCACCUUGCAGCAUCGAUGUUGCGACACGCUGGUCUGUUUGAUCAACAUACCUAUUCUAACCCAAGCGUCAUGCUAGACAAGCCAUCCAGCAAGUCAGAAGAGGCGUGGAGAAGAUGGGCACAACAGGAGUCUUUGAAGCGGACAGUCUUUCGACAUCUUCUGCAGUGCACACAGCGAUCGGUCAUAAGGAACGUCGCAGCGCAGAUGUCUCCCCUUGAUGUCUCGACGCCUAUACCGGAAGAUUGUCGGUUCUGGUAUUCAAAGUCGGCAUCUGAGUGGAAGUCCCUGUACCAGAACCAUGGACCUCGUUUUGCAGAGCGCAGAAUGACGAUUACCGACUGUCUUUCUGAUAUUCGAUCGAUCGACCUACUCUCAUCCUUUCAGGCCUCCAGUCUCGCCAAGUUAUCGUUACUAUACUCUUUUCUGUCGCUUCUUGUUGCAGAUCAUCGCCGAAGAAUGAUUUUCCGCAAAAACGAAGACUCUGGUUGGUCGUUUACUGACUUGAGCCGAUCACCUGUUGAUUCAGAUAUGGUAUUUCUAUUCGAUGAGCUACGAGAGGUGGUCGAAAGAGAUCAAGAUAGCGUAGAAUCACCUAUUCUUACCUUCAUGGUGGAAUUCACCAUGCUCUACUCGGCCAUGCCCAGACAUCUCAGAGAGAACUUUCUGAAUAGUGGGAAGCAAGCGUCUGCUUCUGACAUAUUUACCCACCUUCAGGAAUGGCAACAGAGUCGUGCCAGCAGGUCGGCAAUUUGGCAUGCGGGUCAACUUAUCAGAGCCUGCAGGAAGAUCGCACCGAAGGAACGCACAGAUUUCCACCUGGUUGCUGUUUACCACUCCCUAUUGUGCCUCUGGACCUGUUGGGCCGGUAGCAGAAAGAACUCGUCAGCCAUGGUGCGUCCGAUUGCACAAAACGUUGGUUUGCCGCCAGUUCUACUCAAUGGACCUGAGUCGGUUGAGUCUCAGCGAUGGAUUAGCCACAACCAUGGAGUUCCUUACCUGACUGGACCAUAUGACACUAGUGGAAUAUGUGAUGUCAUACCUGGACUGGUUCUAGUUGAUCCUACUUAUUCGGAGGGCCUGGCCCUGGCUGAUUUGGCCGCUGCUGGUCCUUGUAAGCCCAGUGGUCCAACAUCUGCAUCUAGUCUUGCGGUCACAUCCUCCGUCUCGACCGACAUUUCCGAAACAUCCGAGGUUCCCAACCUGACCAUCCCCCAAUCGACAACUACAACCCAAGAGGUCGACAUUAUCAUCACCAACGCCAUCGACGGAGGAAGUUUCGCCGCCCGCAAUGCCAACAACCCGCCCAGUGGCCUCACAAAUUUCGGCGCGUCCGGAAAUGCAGAGUUUCACGAGGGAGGCUGCUACAAGGCUGAUGGUAGUCGCGAUGAUGGCUGCGCUGCAUUGACUGCUUCUGGAAACCCAGCUGGAAAGCGAGAUACGGGAUCGUUUGCUAGUAUUUGGCAGACUAUCAAUUCGCUGAGCAUUGGAUCUCAGAAUACGUACACUGUUCAGUUCUACUAUGCCGUUCUUUCUGGUGGUAGUCAGGAUUGCACUGUCACCGCGGCUUUGGGCAGCAGACAGUUCUACUCGCAGUCUCUGUCAUCUGUUGGAACAAGCGUGUCUUGGACGCAUGUUCUUCAGCAGGUUGACGCAGAGUCUGCUUCUGCUACCUUCGCCAUCUCCAUGACUUGUUCUGGAAACGGUAUUUCUGUUAUCUUGGUUGACUCCAUUUUCAUCUCCAACCAAGUCACCCCCGCCAACAUUGGCAACUUUGUCCUCGACUUUGGCGCGCCCGCUACAAACCUAGUUACGACAUCCGAAACAUUCACCGAGCGAACCAUCGAUCCCGAAACAACCUCUGCCAGUUCCUCAUCUGAAGUCUUCACUGAGAGAACCAUGCCCGAGACCACCACCACCGCUCCCCCCAACACAGACACUACACGUCCCGCCCAACCCACCGAAACAGCCUGCAAGCCAAACUGCGGCCUGCGCAACGGCUUCGACAACAACCCCGCAUGGAACUGCAGAGUGUACGGCCUCUAUAACGGCCUGACAUACCAACUCCCCAGCCAAGACGGCGACGAUGAGACGAGACCUUGGUACGAUGGCCCCGAAGACUGUGCCGAGAUCUGCAAGACACUGCCUGGGUGCAAAUCAGCGGGUUACAUGUUCGCUCCUCGGAAGUGCUUCUUCUCAAACAACGUUGUUACUCCUUCCGAGGUUCGCAAUAUGAUGGAUGAUGGUAUUGAUGUUGAUUGGUAUAGCAUGGAUUGCUUCACGUGCUCUUCUUGUGACAAUGGAGCGCCCGAGACAACUGCUCACAAGACUUCCACGCCUGUUAACACCGAUACUACUGUCGCCCCCGAGUCUACAACCUUUACUACCCAAACCUCUGACAGCUUAACGACUACAACAUCCUCAGCUGAUAAUUGCCUCUACAACCGUGGUCAAGAAUGCGAGUUCGACCGCUUCACAGACCACAGCGACACUGUCUGCAUGUACGGCGCCCUCUUCACCGGCACAACAUGGAAAGAGCCCCGCGCAGACUAUCCCUACCAAGAUACCGUCUACCAAUGCGCCGCUAUCUGCCAAACCCUCAAGAACUGUGAAUCAUCUGCCUACUUCCAGACCGAAAACCGCUGCCUCUUCACAUCCAAGAAAAUCCAGCAAUCCGACAUGGAAAUCCACGAAGAUGCGCCACAGGACCACGCCGUCUGGAGCCAUAACUCCUGCUGGACAUGCCCAACCUGCUCCGAGACCGCUACCCUCCCCGCCACGAAAUACUGCUCGUACUCGCAAGGCGAUAGCUGCCGCGCUGUAUCUGGCAAACCAGCUGCGCUGUGUGAUUACCAGGGCUUCUGGGAGGCGUAUAACCAGUGGGAUCUUGACACGUACCCUGAUCAGAGCUCGCCUGAGAAGUGUGCUGCUAUUUGUAUGGCGCUGGAUUACUGUGUUGGGUCGGGUUAUAAGGAUGACAGGUGUAUGUUUUCGUUUAGGGAGCUUAAGGUGGCGGAUUUUAGGGAUUGGCCUGAUCAUUCAAUGGAUGGGACUUGGAGCGAUAACUCUUGCUUUGAGUGUCCUGGUUGUACUGCCUAA